AAACAAUCCUAGAAGGAUCUCUCCCCUUUGCCAUCUCCUACAACAGAAGAAACUUGGAAAUAUCACAAAAAGAAAUUCUCAAGAAUAAGCUUUUCAACUUUUUUCUCAUCCAAUCCAUUUUUCUCAUUGGGGAGUUCGAUUUGCGCAUGACAGAGAAGACCGGGACAAGGAGUUGCCAUUCCCCACCCUUGGGGCAAUCUCCAGGUUGCGACCGUCAAAGAGACUUUGCAACAUGAAACCGUCCAACGAAUAUCUCCCUCUGACGUUUCUCCUAGUUCUCUUUGACAGCCCUAUCUCUGCAGCCUGGAGUUCCAUCCUGCCCAACUCCAUCCAAGCCUUAAAAGGAUCCUGUGUGGUCAUCCCGUGUUCCUUCACUGUCCCAGAUUCAUGGGAUUCUCAGGACAUCAGUGUGGCUUGGUACCAGUAUCAUUUCUGGAACUACCCUAAAAUCUACAACAGCAAAACGCUAAUUGAUGUCCUUCCAGCCUACCAGGGACGAACGGAAGUGGUGGGAAAUCUGCAAAAGGGCAACUGUACUCUCAGCAUCAAUCCAGUAGAGAUGGAGGAUGCCAUGAAAUAUUAUGUCUGGAUCAACCCUGACUUGGUCAAUCAUCCCUUUUAUGAUGUCACUGUCAAGGUAGACGUAACAG